AUGUCGUCAUAGGGCGGCCCACCAGCCACAGAAAAACGGGAGCGCCACACCUGCCCCACCAGAAAGACAUAGGGAUCGGCGGCUAUGAUCUAAUCCAGUAUCAUUUUGAACAAUGCCCUAUAUUCACCUUAAUUCAUGGUUACCCCAGACAAGCCCCAGCAAUGCUACGUCAUCUGGCUGUACAAUCCGACUCCAGGAACGCAGAUGAAAGCUAUAUAAGCUACUGCUCAACCCGCCCUGAAUGAGUUUGGACCAGAGAUAUCCAACAGGCUAAUAUUACUACAACACCACAACAAUCACAACGAACCCUUACCUUUUGAGUUAAAUACCACCAACAGAUCACACAUAAUGUCUGGAAUGUUGCACAAGGUUAAGGAGGCCGUCACUGGCCAUCACGAUUCUACCUCCGACACCACCCACACCACCCACAACAAUACCAACACCACCAAUACCGCCAACGCUACCAACAACCACAAGUCCUCCAACCACGGCCCUCACAGCUCGUCAAUUGCCAACAAGCUUGACCCUCGUGUUGACAGCGACCGUGACAACCGCGCUGGUCAUCACACAACCACAACUACCGGCCCCGGUGGCACGACUACCACCCACUCCAGCACCCAUGGCCCGCAGCAAGCUCCUGUUGGCGCCGCUGGUGGUGUAGACGCCCCAUUCGGCACAACUGGACAUACUAGUUCCCACUCAACCAAUGCUGGCCCUCACAGCUCCAACGUCGCCAACAAGGUCGAUCCUCGCGUUGACUCCGACAGAGACAACCGCGCUCGUCACGAGGCUAUGGGCGGUGCUCAUGGCCCUCAUUCGUCUAACUUGGCCAACAAGGUCGACCCUCGUGUUGACAGUGACCGAGACAACCGCGCCGCUGGUCUUGGAGCCACUGGCGCCAUGGGUACUCCUGGCGCCUACGCCACUGGUGCAACCCACGGCACUGGCACUGGCACCGGUGCUAGUGUUGGCACUGGAACUGGCAUUGGUCAUGGCACUACUACCUCCACUGCAGGUCCUCACAGCUCCAAUCUGGCCAACAAGGCCGAUCCUCGUGUCGACUCCGACAUGGACAACCGUGCCCGCCAUCAGGGUCUUGCCAGCAGCAGCUACAACACCUCUGGCGGUAGCACCACUGCAGGCCCUCACAGCUCUAACGUCGCUAACAAGCUCGACCCUCGCGUCGACUCCGACUUGGAUAACCGCCGCAACGUUGGCACCCAGCGCCAUAUCUAAGAUGGUUGAAAGGGUUUUGUAACGAGCGAUGUUUAUGAUUCGAGCGAAUUAGUACCCCUCCUGUCCUUUUCGAGAUGAGAUUUCUCUGGCGAUGAUUUCAUAUGCGAUGUAUUUUAAUGUUGCUACUACCAUAAUCCGAUCAACACUGAUAUUAAA